ACCUGUGUUGUGGUGACAGCAACUGCCUGUGGUUCAUACCUUCUGUUUGCUCUGGGAUUACCAGCAGGAAUGUUUUCCUGGCUGCUCAGGCUAUGUCAGAAAGAGAAUGGCGAUGAAGGAGAGACCAGACCAACGGAGAAGGAAGAGGGAAUCCUUUCUCAUGAAAAAGGAAGAAGGAAGUCAUUCUUGAGAAGGCACAGGUCUGCUAGAAAUACUUCAACCCAAAAUUCCAAAAUGACUAAGAAGAGAUCAAAAAUAAAUGAACUAGAAGAACUGAAAUUAGAUAUGAGGAAGAUCAGCAAUGACAUGGAGGAAAUGUGUGGAAUCCUGAACCUUUACAUGUAUGAGGAUUUGAACUACAGGAUGAACACUGAAUUCAACAUCAUUAAAUCACAACAUGAGAAGACAAUGUUGGAUAUGGAUAAAAUGACCCAGUCCAUAAUUAUUUCCAUGAAGUUCUCCGAGGAACUGUUAAAAGAUAACUAUUCCUACAGCAUCAAGCAGAAACACCGCCUCCGUGAGUGCACUCAACUAAAGGAAAAAGUGAGGAUAUUACUGAAUGAGAACAGAAAGCUGCUGGUGGAGCAGGCUGGAACGCAAGUGUCCCAUGGGGAAGAAAAGAGGUUCUGUGAGGAGGCCAGCAAGAACAUCUGUGCCUCAAGUGCCAAGGAGCAGCAGGUGUGAUCAUGAAAUCCCACAGAUAUCAGACCCAGAUGGAUCUCUGCAUUCUUCACGGGACCUGGGCUCCAUAGUUUCUUCUGAGCCAGACUGCACUACAAAGUCCAUCAUAAAUUCAUUGUGGAGAUUGUGUCCAACUCUCUGGAUAGGAACUUAAUGUUGGAAAACUUACCCAUGCUGCAUCCUUGUUGUCAAAUAUUUAGCUACUGUGAAAAUUCUGUGGAUGAUGAUAUUGAACACAUUAAUGGCAAAUACAUCAGUAUUUCUGUAAUAACUGUCAUUAAUUAAAAGCAUAGUCUAAGGGAAUAAAAAGCUGUCAGAAAA